GUUGUUUACGACAGUUCGGUUGGAAGACUCCUUGAGCUGAAGCCGAGCUCUGGAGCAUGGGGUCUUUCGUUUCCCGGUCUCAGGAGCCGAUCCAGGUCGCUGCGCUUCCGGAGGCCACCCACUCCGCCGAGCCCCUGCCCCUCGCCGCACCCGGAGCGCCGACCUCUCCAGCGGAAGCCCGUGUGUUUAAUGACUGCUGGAGCUGUCGCGUGCUGUCCGGGUCGGGGCUGGUAGGGGCGGGCGGGUACGUGUACUGGGUGGCGCGGAAGCCCAUGAAGCUGGGAUACGCCCCGGGUCCGGGCACUAUUACGCAGAUGGUCGUCGGCAUCAGCAUUGCUUGUUGGGGUGUAAUCAUCCUAACAGAACCCAAAGGGAAGGCCUUCCGUGUGGAUUGAAAGUACUGCCUGUGAAUUUGUCAUCUAUCCAUGUCCCCAGGACAGCAGAACAAGCAUGGGACUUAUGGAUGUUCUGGACAGACAAAUGGACAUUGAGAGACUUCAGUCCUGAGGAUACUACAAGACUGAAAUGUGGGCUGUUACUCUUUGGUCAUGAGUGUCGUUGCCUUCUCAGGUUCCAUGGAGACCAAUAAAUCCCUAAGAGAAGAGAACAGUUCUGUGUCUUACCUGGGGAAGGAAAGUCUAAUAAAACUUUUAAAAAUAAUUUUUUUUAAAAAAAGGAAAUAAUAAGCCAAAUUGGAAAAUGAACUAAACUAUUAUUUUACUUUUUUUAAAAAAUUUUUUUAUUUAUUUAUGAUAGUCACACAGAGAGAGAGAGAGGCAGAGGGAGAAGCAGGCUCCAUGCACCCGGAGCCUGAUGUGGGAUUCGAUCCCGGGUCUCCAGGAUCGCGCCCUGGGCAAAGGCAGGCGCCAAACCGCUGCGCCACCCAGGGAUCCCUAAACUAUUAUUUUAAAUAGUACUUUUUACUUCUCCUAUGAUGGGGUCAACACCGUUUAACACUGAAUUGGCAUCAUGUAAUGUGCAGAAGUAUACACAUAAAACUUUAUAUCUGUGUACUGCUUAUAAUUUCCAAGGUGUUACCACCUUAAGAGUUUCAAAGCUACUCUUUUUCAAGGUGGCAAGUGAAACUUAAAAAGCAGUCCUAGUGAUUUUGCUCAGGUUUAUUCAGCAAGUUAGUGGUGCAUCUAGGACUUGUUCAGUUCUCAUUCUAGUCUUUUCAGAAUGAGGAUGACUCCAAAGAGGCAAGAAUUAUCUUUACGAAACAAAAGUCCGCAUAUAAUAAAAGACAAGUACUGAGAUAUUUGAGAAAAAUUCACAAAAACAUUUGCUUCUUUGUCCACAACCACUGGAAAUGUUUCUCUGAUGAAAUUUCCUGCUUUUGGGAUAAUGACUUAAAAUUUGACAGUUCAUUUCUAAAGAAGUCUGUGCUUCCUACCAGUUUUUUUUUUUUCUGUUUCCGAUAUACCCUAGCUACUCUAUAAUAUACACACCUUUUUUCAGAACAGAAAGAUAAAGUUCAGCUGCCAGUCCUAGCGUGUAAGUUUUAAAAGCUAUGUUGAGCAAGUCCCUUCAGAACUGUUAACUCUGGUAUGUAAGAGUGCCUGGAUCUAAUGCUGAAUGACUGUAUUCCCAGCAUUUUCUUAGGUUAAACUAAAAAUACAUAAAUCUAACUUUUGGUCUUGGAUUGACCUCUGGAUAAAUAGAGUAAGUCUUAAAUAACUCAGUAUAAUUUUAACAUCUCAAUGUGUACUAGUAUGGAAAUAAAUAAGCACUUUUUCCAAAUAAACUUUCCAGCUCACUAGAA